AUGCUAGCCAUUGUUUUUCUCUCAGCUAUAGUUACAAAAGCUACUGUUAAUAAAACAGGUACAGUAACAGCCAAUACUUCAAGAACAGAGAUAAUUGUUGGAAAAUAUAACAUUUUAAAUUUAGAAUAA